CUUUCUCCGCCCCGCGUCCUUUAAAACAGAGAGAGACAGAGUUUGAGAGAGAGAGAGAGGGAGAUGGGAAACGCUUUCUGUAUAUUCUGUGGUUGCGUGGACCAGGCGAGCAUAGGGGUGGUGGAGAGGUGGGGCCGCUUCGAGAAGUUGGCUGAGCCCGGACUCCACUUCUUCAACCCCUUCGCCGGCGAAUGCCUCGCCGGUGUCCUAUCCACAAGGAUCAACUCCCUCGAUGUCCGCAUCGAGACCAAAACCAAGGACAAUGUCUUUGUACAAUUGCUUUGCUCUAUUCAAUACCGAAUUGUCAAAAGAAAUGCUGAUGAUGCAUUCUAUGAGUUGCAAAACCCCAAAGAGCAGAUCCAGGCUUAUGUGUUUGAUGUGGUUCGAGCUAUUGUUCCAAGAAUGACGUUGGAUGAACUCUUUGAACAAAAGGGUGAGGUUGCUAAAUCUGUCCUGGAGGAACUUGAGAAGGUGAUGGGAGCCUAUGGAUUUAGCAUAGAGCACAUAUUAAUGGUUGACAUAAUACCUGAUCCCUCUGUACGCAAGGCAAUGAAUGAGAUUAAUGCAGCUCAGAGACUUCAGCUUGCUAGUGUGUACAAGGGAGAAGCAGAGAAGGUGCUUCAAGUGAAGAAAGCAGAAGGUGAAGCCGAAGCCAAAUACCUAGGCGGGGUUGGUGUGGCCAGGCAGAGGCAGGCAAUCACAGAUGGGUUGAGAGAGAACAUCUUGAACUUCUCCCACAAGGUGGAGGGCACCUCAUCAAAGGAAGUGAUGGAUCUGAUCAUGAUCACUCAAUACUUCGACACGAUUAAAGACCUAGGCAACUCUUCCAAGAACACUACUGUGUUUAUUCCUCAUGGCCCUGGUCAUGUUAGGGACAUCGGUGAUCAGAUACGCAACGGUAUGAUGGAGGCAGCCAGUGCUCAGGUAAAGGACGAAUAAACAUUUUGCUGCCUACACCUUUCUUCCAAACUUAUCUCCCUUUUUAUGAUUUCACAAUGAAAAUACUUGGUUUUCUUUUUGUGGAAUUUUGAACGAACGGAGGGGUGUUUAUAGUAGAGAUAUGCUAAUCCAGUGCCACUAUAUGGCCCGAUGGUAUUGUGCUUGCAUGCUGUCCUAACCGUUGUUAAAUACAAACUGUCUUUCCUAUUCAAAAGAAGUAAAGCUUCUAUUUUCCCUUC